ACAGUUGGGUUUCCAGCUCGGCCGCGAAAAGUUGGAAAUUUCAGGAAUCCAGGGAGCUGCUGACAAAGUCCCCAGUCCAUUUUCGGAUCGAGAGAAGUGAGCGCAUUACGAGAAAUACCUCACAGAGCCGCGCAUUUGUUUGGCAAACAACUGUUGUAAUUGCAAGAAGUCGACAGGCAGGAGCUGGGCUUCUAUCGCGCGCGGUUGGCGUCGCCCUCGUCUGCAGCUGCGGUUUACGGCUCGCGAAUUUCCAGCGCCGGGAAAUCGGCUGACCGCGAAAGUGCAAGAGUUUCCAAGUCAGCGGGCCACAGGACAACAGGAGGCAUCUCUCUCCUCGCGGGCUCUGCUGUCGCCUCUCUCGGACGCGCGUGCGGUGGUGAAUGUGCGCUGUUCUUAUCUCGCCGAUCGACCGAGAACACCCAUUCCAGAAGGGAAUAAUAAUUCGAGUGCCGUUUUUGUUGUACCACCAAAAUAUUCCAUUUUUUUAUCGUGUUCAAGUGUGCUGUUUUAUGCUUUGGAAAAUACAACAACAAGAAGGGGGAGAGGCGAAUAAGAAAGGAGGAGUGAGAAAUAACAAGUUGAAAGAAAUUAAAAACCGGAUUCCCGGCUGGAACAACUGACAACAACAACUGAGAAGCAGCAUCAAAAGAGAAGAAAGGAAGAGGCAGCAGCACAGGCUUCCACUUCCAGUGUUUCCAUUCGCCGUAGCUGUUGCGCACACGCACUGGAAGCCCCGGAGAGAGGAGGAUCACUUCAGCAGCUGCUCUCUCUCUGGAAAACUGGCAAACUAGCCAAAGGCAGAAGAUCGCUACGGGGAGAGUCGACCAUACAAUCGAACACAUAUCAGGCGGCACCAUCGGCAGCAGUGGCAGCAUACGUCGCUAAUUGCAGUUAAAACGGGAGCUGCAGCCCGGGCCAUAUAUCCAAUGUCCACAAUUUAAAUGCACCACACGGAACAGCAGCGCCACAGCAGCAACUUCAGACGGCCGGUUGCCCCAGCACUCUCCCGCCUCCGUGGCACCUGGCGUCCAUCAGCGCCUCCGGCUGAAUAAACGGAAAUCCCAGCCAUAAAAAACACCCACAGUUAUCAUGGCCCACUCCAAAGUGAUCCUGAAGAUCCUGUUCUCGCUGUGCGUCUGGUCCUUCGUCAUCAUCGGGCUGUUCAAGAUGCACGGCACGAAUCUGGUGCCGCAGGAGUACCAGCAGGUGCCCCUCAACGGACGCAUCCUGCUGCAGAAGGACAUGCGGUACGCGGAGACAACCUCCACGACCACGGAUCACUUCGAUCCCAGCGAGAUACUGGUGGACAAUAGGACAGCCAUGGACGACGACCAGCUGGUCCGCGACGUGGAGUCCCGCAUCCCCUCGCUGCCGAUCGCCUACUGGAGCAAGAACAAGAACUUCCUGCAGCAGAAGUCCUCCACCUGCGCCAAGUACCCCUCCAUUUUCGAGCUGGAGUUCAACAACAUAUACUGGCAGACGCUGCGCACCUCGAACGGCACGUUCCAGCUGUUCGGGGCCUACUACGACAUCCGGCGCACCUCGCUACUGGGACCCACUGUGCGGAUCCUCGGGAUGAUCGACCGGAUCGAGCCCAAGGUGAAGACCUACUGCCAGUUCUGGUUUGACGGCCAAAAGGAGCCGUUCAUCGUGAAGACGUUUGAGUACAAGUACAUCUGGUACAACAAGUGGGGCAACUACAAGCAGGGCAUCUACCAGCCGUACCUGAUCGCCUGCCAGAUCCCCAAGCCCUUCCACGGCGUGGUUCCCAGCUCCGUGUCGAUGGUGGAGAAGGAGUGCGACACGGCCACCAACAACCUGCGGGUAAUCUACAACCGACCACCCGACGACCAGAAGAAGGGCUUCGCCGUCUGUGUCAAAGGACUGGACUUCCUCUACGACGACCUGAGUGUGCGGCUCAUCGAGUGGAUCGAGAUGCUCAAUAUCCUGGGGGCCGACAAGAUCUACUUCUAUAAUCUGCAGGUCCACCCCAACAUCACCAAGGUGCUGAACCACUACGAGCAGGAGGGCAAGGUCCAGGUGAUCCCGCUGACCCUGCCCGGCGGUCAGCCGAACGUGCCGGGAUUCCAGCACCUCUACCUCACCAAGAAGACGAACCACAAGCGGCAGAACGAGGUGAUCCCGUACAACGACUGCCUGUACAAGAACCUCUACCUCUACGACUACAUCGCUCUGCUGGACAUCGACGAGGUGAUCAUGCCCAAGGGCGGAGCGGUACUGUGGUCGGAGCUCAUGGACAAGGUGCGUCCGGAGUCGCGCAAGAUCAAGCCCGACGGCUUCCACAGCUACAACUUCCGCAACGUGUACUUCCUGGACGACCAGCAGCACGAGCACGGCUGGCACAAGGACAUCCCCAAGUACAUGCACAUGCUGCAGCACGUCCAUCGGGCUAAGAACUACACCAAGCCUAAUCAGUACGUGAAGUGCUUCCACGACCCGGAGCGCGUGCUCACCCUGCACAACCACUUCCCGCUGAGCUGCUUGGGCGGCGUUUGCAAGUCCUAUCCGGUGGACACCCAGGACGCUCAGCUGCAGCACUAUCGAGCGGACUGCGUGAAGACGCUGAAAAAGAGCUGCGAGGAGUACCGGGAGCAUUCGGUGGAGGAUAAGACCAUCUGGAAGUACAAGGACGAGCUGAUCCGACGCACCAUCAAGGCGCUAGACACUCUGGGCUUCUUCCGUCGCCAGGGCCUGAACUCCGGCUCGGGAUCUGGCAGCAGCAGCAGCGGUCUGGGCGGCGGAGCCACCACGCACUCCACGGAGCGGUGAUUCACACUCCUCGGGGGCGGAGGAGGCGGAUGGUCCUGGCCCUGGCAACUGGUUGAAGCAUCCGGCGGUAGCCUCGGCAACGAGGAGUUCUUUGUGUGAGGAGGUCCAAGGAUGCCGUGAGUUCCCCACUCCGAGUUCGAAUCCAAGUCCGAAUCCGAACCCAAACCCCGUCCUCUGAUCCCUGAGUUUCUGUUGCGCGGAGAUCACCCGUCUCCGAGUUUAGUUAGUAUGCCCAUGUUUCCCAUCCAGAACCCAUGUGACAGAAGGCACUGUUUUUGAUUGAAUUUCGAUGGAAUUUUUGGGUUUGCGUAGACCGUUGAUAAGAACCACUCAAUUGAGUAUUACACAUAAGUUGACAAUGCUUUUAUGAAAUGUUUAACAUCCCCAAGGAUUGUGAGAUGGUUCACUUUUUAAGUUUUAGAGUUCCAUUGAAAUCAAGGACAGAAACAGGAUAUGCUGGAGCAUGGCUAGUGUAUAGAAGAGGCGUUGUUAGUCGCCGAAUUGGGAGAGAACAUUUUUGAAAUUGUGCCUUCGAACCUGGAUUGUAGUGAGUCGCGUCCCAUCCCCCUUAAAUCCCCUCCUAGCUUCCCGAUAAUGUAUUUCCAUUCACAAAGAAACGAAAAAGACACAAGGUCACACUUUUCAAAAAACGAGACCCACAAUAUUAGCUUGAGUUCAAAACGGAAAGGGGGAAACCGUAGCAAAGUGAAGGAAACCUAAACUAAGUUCAAGACUGAUGAUGUUUUUUAAGAAUUAUAAAAUCGAAAGAGGGAAUUUCAAGCGAAUUUUGUUUCACAAUUGGAUAGAAUCGAUAUAUUUGUUGUUGUAUAGGCAAGUAAAGGCCCCCUAAAAGUCGCAAGAGAAAAAUAUCACUAAUGCUAAGCAAAAGAAAACAAAAAGAAAAACUCUAAAAACUAAAAACGCAAAGCAAAUUGAGCAAGUUUGAGUUGUAAACUGUAAAUAGGAAAAGUGUUAACGAAAAAGAAAAGACGAGGCCCUAAGGAUAGAGCUACCUAUAUGCGGAUAAGGCCGAUUAAAAUCGGAUUAACUAGCAGGAUAUCGAAAAGGGAAAGAGAACUAAAGAAGCUGCUCAACCCAAUCCUUUUAUGGUGUUUGACCCCAAUCGACACCCACUACCAUAUGUUUUUUAACUUGUACAUACACCAACACACACCCACACACAGCACAAGCACACAGAUACACCACGCACAUUUCCUUAUGUAUCCUAUUUUAUUUUAUUUUAUUUUAUUUUAAUUUUUUAUAGCAGCUUAGUCAAAUUGUUGUUGGAGUUAAGGAGAGUCGUGUACAGUUUGGGCAUUUUAUGCUCCCACUAAAACUAUUCGAUAGGUGUACGACUAUGCAUAAAAAACACAAAAACAUAUGCAAAUACAAAUGCAGAUACAGAUACAGAUACAUAUACAGAUAUACAAAUAUACAGAUAUAGAUACAUACUUCAGUGUAUUAGUUACUAGCUGAUAAGGACAACCCGUGUGAAGGAAACCAAUUUUCUUUCCCUUUUUUUUUGCGUAGCUAAUAAACCACAAUUGAUAUGAAAACAAAGUGAUUAAAGAAUAAAAUUUCCAAAAAAAUUAA